AUGGAAGCAUCCAAAAGGGUUGGCCUCGGCACAAGCGGGGUGAGUGGCUCACUGGAGGUUGAAAAGGGAGCCCCAGUGGCUCUGCGAGGAUUUGGAACCCAGAACCUCUUCAACUGCGUGAAAAUCCCUGUGAACUCUUAUAACACUUUGCAUUCACAAAGCACUGCUAGAUUCCAAAGCAGUUUACAACACGUCCUGGGGAUUAGGGUCCAGAGGAGGCUGCCUGUGGCCAGCUUCACAAGACGGAAACAAGAGUUCACCCCCACGGAGAAAAAGGAUGCCAGUUACUGGACCAAGAGGAGGAAGAACAACGAGGCCGCUAAGCGCUCCAGGGCUAAGAAGUGCUUCAAUGACUUGAUGCUGGAAAGGAGGCUCAUGGCCAUGAAGGAAGAGAACUUGCACCUGAAGACAGAGCUGAUGGCUCUGAAGCUGCGGUGCGGGCAAGUGAAGAACCCAAUCUCCUCACAGCGUCACGUAUUUUACAGCAGCUCCUUGCCCCAUUUGAUGCCCAACUUCUGGCAUUUCAAGAUGGGCCAAAUCAGAGCACCCAGGGCUCACUCAAUGCCCCUCAAUCCAGGCCAGGAACAAGAUUUACUGACCAAGACUUCGAUGGGACUCAUCUUUUCAGAAGGAGAUCAGCCCCCGCCCCCUUCGGGAUUAUGCUCUGGGAAGGCGUGUGUACCUGAGGAGAAACAAGGCCCAGGACACGAGGAGUCCAUGACCUGCAAGGGCUGCCCUUUGGAAAGUGAGAGAACCAAGAGACAAGGCUCUGGUAUCAGAGUGAGACCUGAUGCGGCUGCCUCUGCCCAGGAUCUCUUUAGUACCAGCUGCAGCAUGGGACUCCAAAGCCUUCCCUACAGGCUUCAGUUAAAAUAUAUAGGAAAUGAAGACCAGGAGCCCCUCAACCAGAGGGGCCAUGUGCAAAUGGCAUCCACUCAAGCCUUAAGGCAGGAGCUCCGGGUGGAUUCUGCCCCGUACAGACCCGUAAUCCCCAGCCUGUCAUCGUCCCAGGCCAAUGCUUCCAGCAGUCUGAUCCCCACAGCUGGACAUUGGUGGAGAAAAAAGUGUAGUGCCUGGAGAGCACCCAGCGGGCCUCCCAUGGGGUCCCCUGCUCCGGGCUCCUUCAGCCCAUUUGACUUCCCCUUUAAUAGCAUGAGCUACCAAAUAGGUGCAGAGCACCUUUGAAAAUCUGUCCCUUAUUUGGGUGACUAACUGGGAGCUUUGCUUUUUGGAAAACAUGGCCCCAUUUGUCAGGACCUGAACUCUUAGAAAUCUGGUCCUGAACUUUUUCUUUUUUUAAAGAUAGCUGGUCUGGCAGGCAGGCUGCUCUUGGGUAAAGAACUAUACGGGGCCUUAAGAGAUCUGCCUUCAUUGCAGAUGAACUCGGCUGUGUAAUCUACAAACUCGGCUGUGUAAUCUUAAGCAAGUCACUUCAUCUCUGGAUGCCUCUGCGCCCCUUCGUUUCCUGUUAUGUUCUAUUCCUUUCCCCCACCCUUUAGCUAGGUAGAUUGUAAAUUCUUUGUAGCAAAGACUGACCUUCACUGCGUGUGGGCCCAGCACGAUAAAGCUUUGAGGUUGAUUGAUGCCUCUAGGUGCAACUGGAACACAAACAACAAUAAUAAUAGUAAAGCCAAGCUAGUACCUAAGAAGUAUGGUUUUCGUGAUCUUAUGCCCAGAUUAUACACAGAUAAUAUGGUCAUGAGGGUUUAUUAGGGCCUGAAUAAAUGGGUAGAUAGGAGUUUGUUAUGCCUGAGGAUUCUUCAAUUAAAAUAGAAGGGCAAAGCUAAGUAUAAUUCCAACCAGUGGUGUCUUCUAUUCAGAACGCUCCUUCUUAGGUCUAGAAAUACUGUAGAUCAUUUUGCUUGGUGGAAUAUGAGUAGUUUUACACAUUGUGCUCUGUCUUUAAAACCCCAGCAACGGCCCAAUUCUGCUCUCAGCUGCCUUGGAGUGUACCCCAUCAAAUACCUUCUGCUUCCUCUGGAUUUACACCCGCGUCACUGAGAACAGAGU